GGGACUCAGAGCCGCAGGUCGCAGUCCCGACGCGAGAGGGGCGGGCGUCGGCGCGGAGCCCAGAGCCGUGCGUGGGAGCCUGGCCGCGACGCUCUCACCAUGCCCUACGUGCUCAUCAGCACCCAGAUCCGCAUGGAGGUGGGCCCCACCAUGGUGGGCGAUGAGCACUCAGAUCCGGAGCUGAUGGAGCAUCUGGGGGCUGCAAAGAGAAGUGUCCUGGGAAACAACUUUUCUGAGUACUACGUCAGUGACCCUCCUCGCAUAGUCCUGGACAAGCUGGAACGAAGGGGCUUCCGUGUGUUGAGCAUGACAGGGGUGGGCCAGACACUGGUGUGGUGCCUCCACAAGGAGUGAACUUCCCACACCGAUCUGAGGAUGGGACACCCUUCUUUGGAGAGGCUGCCAUGGGCCCCGACCCCCAAGCCCCUACGUCACUGACUGCCCUGCCUUUCCCAAAUCAUCAGUUUCCCAGGCCUAGCACCAACAGGCAGUGAACGGCCUUCUCUGAAGCACUGCCUCAGUCAGUGAGGGAGGAGAGGGCCCCUUGCCCUGGAGCUCCCACCUGCCCUCCAGCUUCAGGCCCAACCCAGGGCCUUGGAGUAGGCCACGUCCUGUGGGCAGGCUGCCCUGGCCCAGAGCUGGGCACCCCAGUGGAAGAUGGCCCCUGGCCCUGGGUGGGUGGUUCCUGUGUAGCUAGUCCAAGCCAAUAAAGGGCUGUGAUGAGUA